UAGUAUUUUUAAAAAAUCUGCCAAACUGUUUCCCAGGUAAUAGUACCAUUUAUAUUCCCAUCAGCAAUAUACAAGAGAUCCAGCUUUUUCGCAUCCUUGCCAGUGUUCCGUAUUAUCACUACUUUUUUUUUUUUUUUUCAUUUUAGCCAUUCUGAUAGAUGUGUAGCAGUGUCUUCCCACCAAAGGUCCCUGGACUUCUUUCUCUGCAGUCCUGUCCCGCCUGGUAUUCUGCUGCAUGAACUCAAGUUGCCUAGUCCUUCUUGGACUCUCAGUUCCAUCUCCUCGUCUCAGGAAGACUGAGAGACUCUGUUCACGUCCUGGUCUCUGUGCCAUCUGGCCCAGAAACUCUCCCCAGGGAGAAAAAUGAAGCUGACGCUGGCGCAGAUCUUCUUUAUGAUGUUGCUGCUCCUGCUGGGCCUGGGACUUGGCCUGGGGUUGGGGCUGCAGAUGGCUGCAGCAGUCCUACAGGAGAGCGAUCAGACCCUGAGUGAGCUGUGGUCCAGUGACUCCGAGGACAAGACCAAGGCCACUCAAGGAGAGGGCAGCCAAACUACAGAAACCUUGCUGGUUAGCAACAAAGGAGUGGUACAACCGGCCUGGUCUGAAGACACCGUCCUCAGGGAAGACGAAGUUCGGGGAAGCAAGAUGCUCAGAGCUGAGCCUCUCCUUCCCAGCCACAAAGACUACCUUAGGUCUGACCUGAUGACCAGGGAGUGCAACAGCCUGAUGUCACACAAGCUGAAGGAACACAACCGCACGUGCAUAAGCCAGUACACGUUCAUCCAUGAGGAUCUGGAUACAGUCAAGGCUGUCUGUAACAGUCCUCCAGUUGCCUGUGAGCUCAAGGGGGGCAAAUGCCACAGAAGCUCCCGUCCUUUCGAUUUGACACUCUGCAGGCUGUCCAAACCAGGCCAGGUUCCUCCUCACUGCAAUUACCUCACUGUCAUUUUUGAAAAGUAUAUUAUUAUAUCCUGUAAUGACUCGAAGUUCCAGAUAACGUCUGGCCAAUGA